AUGUCCACAUGCCUAGGCAAAAUUGCCCACUGUUUACCUACAAAAGGUACAUUUAAUCAUCAUACUGGUGGUGAAUCUUUGGUAUCAUCACAAGAACAUUUUACCGCAGCUAUUCAAAAUGCCAUACCAAAGACAAUGUCCGGUGAAUCGGCGGCAUUUACUGAAACAAGUGAAACAACUUCAUCGUUUGCCCCACCAUUAAUUGAUCAACAAGCAGCUCAAUCAAUUGGAAAAGAAUCAUUACAAUAA